AUGGCCACCGUGAGAGCCGCCAAACAAGCCCUGAGGAAGGCCGUUAAAGCCCGCGUGGCGGCGCUGAGUGCGGAGGAGAGGAGCCGCCAGUCCCUGCUGGUGUCCCGGAAGGUGAGGGGCGGUCCUCGCGGGGCUGUGGGUAGCGCUCCACCUGCCCGGGAACCUCUAGUCCUCAGGAACAAGCCCGCGUCUGAGACCGAGGGAAUGAACCGCUGCAUGAUAUAUCAGACCCCUGGUUGUUUUCUUGUUUGUGACAGUCAGGGUACUUUAGCAGUGUUUCUCAGCAUGAACGACGAAGUGUGCACUCAGGAAAUCAUCAAAGACUUAAUCAAGAGCGGGAAAAGCGUCUUCAUCCCCCGAUAUGAGAGCAGCAGCUCCCACAUGGACAUGCUGAGGCUGAGCAGUCUGCAGGACAUGGAGACUCUGCCUGUGACGUCGUGGAAUAUCAAGCAGCCUUCUGAAGAUGACAGCAGCCGGGAGGAGGCGCUGACCUCUGGUAGACACGCUCACACACGCAGACAGACACCGGUGCUAAGCCUGUAA